UACACACUCACAUAUGUAUUCGCUCUCCUAUUCUCUAGAAAUCAAAUCACUUUUCGGUUAUCCUUUUCGAUAAAGAACGUAAAAAAAAAAAAAAUAAAAUAAAAAAAUACAGAUUUAUGUGCAAAAAUACCCCAAAAAUAAAUCCUUUGAAAUUUCCGCUUUUUAUAUAAUAUAUAUAUUCGUCCAUCAUCUACAGAACAUGUCGUCCUUGAUCAAUUGGCGUCGUGGACUCCUGCAGGCUCCCAAUCAUCUGGCCCAGUGGCUAGCGAUGCGACAUCAGGCCGACUAUGCGAAAACCAUUGCCAAUCUAAAGAUCAAGAAGGAGACCAAAGUGAUGAUACAGGGUUUCACGGGCAAACAGGGUACAUUCCAUGCCAAGGCCGCCCAGGAAUACGGAACCAAUAUCGUGGGUGGCGUGUCGCCUUCCAAGGGUGGAACAACGCAUUUGGAUAAGCCCGUUUUCAAGACAGUCAAGGAGGCCGUCAAGGAGCUGAAACCCGAUGCCACUGCCAUCUUUAUACCGCCCAACAAUGCUGGCGAAGGCAUCUGUGCGGCCAUCGAGAAUGAGAUUGGCCUAAUUGUGGCCAUCACGGAGGGCAUACCACAGGUUGAUAUGGUACGGAUUAUGCAGAUGUUGAACUGCCAGGAGAAAUCACGGCUGCUGGGGCCCAAUUGUCCGGGGAUUAUAUCGCCCGAACAAUGCAAAAUCGGUAUCAUGCCAUCGCAUAUACACAAACGCGGCACGGUGGGCAUUGUUUCCCGCUCCGGCACCCUCACCUACGAGGCCGUGCUUCAGACAACAAGUGUCGGCCUCGGUCAAUCGCUGUGCAUCGGCUGUGGCGGCGAUCCCUUCAAUGGCACCAGUUUCAUAGAUGGCCUCAAGAUCUUUCUCGCCGAUCCAGAGACCAAGGGCAUUAUACUAAUUGGUGAAAUUGGCGGAUCCGCCGAAGAAGAUGCCGCGGACUAUCUAAAGGAGCAUAAUUCUGGUUGCAAUGCCAAGCCUGUUGUGUCCUUCAUUGCCGGGCAAUCGGCUCCACCAGGGCGACGAAUGGGUCAUGCCGGAGCCAUUAUAUCGGGCGGCAAGGGUGCUGCCAAGGAUAAAGUCGCUGCCCUGGAGAAGGCUGGUGUCAUUGUGGCCAAGAAUCCCUGUCACAUGGGUCAGUUACUUCACAAUGAAAUGGUUCGCUUGAAGAUCAUCCCAAAACCGAAUGACCCCAAAUCAACCAACGGCAAGACCAACAAAACUGAAAAGUAGAUGAUGAUGAUGGAUAUUUGCUAUACAUACAUACAUAUAUAGGAGGGCAUUUGCAUAUAUAGUUUAUCAAAUUUUCAACUAGAUUUCAUUUUAACAAAGCUGUAGAAAAAUCAGCUAAAUUCAUGAAAUUUAAUAUAUACAAGCCAUAAGA